AUGUCUUCAUCUUGUUCGCAUUUCCAAGAAUCCAACAGUGAAGUUCGUCGUCAAUCUAUGAGUUCGAAUGAAUCUGACGAUGAAGAAGACGAAUUCAUUAACGAUGAUGAUUCCAACGAUCCUUGCCUUGAAUCCACGGAGAAGACGCCGGCUGCACGGAAAAAAAACAAGAAAACUCUAGGCCGCGUUAAGAUCAAAAUGGCUUAUAUCGAUAAUAAAAUUCGGCGAUAUACAACAUUUUCCAAACGAAAAACAGGCAUUAUGAAAAAAGCCUAUGAACUGGCCACAUUAACCGGAACUGAAGUCAUGUUGUUAGUUGCUUCGGAAACCGGUCAUGUGUAUACAUAUGCAACUGCGAAAUUACAGCCGAUGAUUACGAGUGAAGCAGGUAAAGCAUUGAUUCAAACAUGUUUGGCGAAGGACGAACAACCAGCUGAACCGAUUGUUGAUAUACCAACAACAACAACAGCAGCAGCAGCAGCAGUAGCAGCAACUACCACUCUAAAUGAUAAUGAUGUGAUAUUCAUUGAUGAAAAUCAACGAAAAAGGCGAACAAAUAUUUCAAUAGAUCCACAAUCUACGAACUCAUCCACUAUUCAUCGUCCGAUAAAACGUGCUAGGCUAAAACCGGUUGAUGACGUGUCAUCCUUACCUACUCAACCUAAAGCAUCAGAAAGUACAAGUUCACAUCAUUUUCCAACUAUACCUCAACCAACAACACUCACACUUCCAUACUACGUGCACUCAGAUUCUCAACAAGUAACAUCGUCUUCUAUUCCCUCAUCUUAUUCGAUUGAUUUAAAUACUUUGAAAACGACCGAGCUAACAAAUGCAUCCAUAUGCGUACGUAGAGAAAAAAUGCGUGAUUGUUAUUGGCCAUAA